AUGUCCAAAGUCUCCAUCAAAAAAGGCUCUUCCAGUCUCGCGGGCCUUCUCUUUAACCCUGUUAGAGAGUCUGGUAAAACAACGGGCCUUGUUAUAGUUCACCCUGGCGGCGGUGUCAAAGAACAAACUGCAGGAACAUACGCGAAGAGACUUUCCGAAGCCGGAUUUACGACGCUCGUCUAUGAUGCAGCCUUCCAGGGUGCUAGUGGAGGAGAACCUCAUUUUCUUGAAGAUCCAAACGAACGUGUGAGCGAUGUCUACGCCGCGAUCGAUUAUCUUCAGAGCCUCGACUCCGUGGACUCGGAGAAGAUCGGUGUCCUGGGCAUCUGCGCUGGCGGCGGCUACGCCAUAGCCGCCGCUAAGGGGGACCAUCGACUGAAGGCUGCUGCAACAGUGAGCAUGGUAAACAUCGGGGACUCCGCGCGGCAAGGCUGGGAUGGCGAUGAGGACGUAUCCAACAAAGUCGACUCUUUGCGUGCAGCGGCAGCCCAGAUUACAGCCGAGGCGAAAGGUGCUGAGCGUGCUAGUGCGCCAUAUGUGCCUCCUCAACCUGACGACAAGACCCCUCGAGACAUGAGGGAGGCUAGUGACUAUUAUCUUACGCCGCGGGCACAGCAUCCCCGUGCUGAAAAUAAGAUGCUAUAUCUUAGCUUCCCCCGCGUGCUCACCUUCGACGCUUUCCAUCUUGCGGAUGUUUUCCUCAAGCAGCCUGUUCUGCUCAUCGCUGGCUCAGACGCUGGAUCUCUGUGGCAUACUGAGAAGCUGGAUAAGCUAAUUGGCGGCGCGACUCAGAAGAACAUCGUUCCUAAUGGAGCUCAUAUGGACUUUUAUGAUAACGAAGCCUAUGUGGGGCCUGCUGUGAAGGAUGUUGCGGAGUUCAUGAAGAAGCACUUGGUUUGA